AAACGUUUAACGGCGCGUGUUUCGGCAGUAGGAACGCGUAGCAGCAAGCCGUACGGAAAACGCUAGGAAUCGGCACCAUUCGGCGAAGUACCGAUGUUUUUCCACAUAGCGCUGGCAGCUGCCGGUUGUCUGAUUACGGGGACUUCGGCCAACAUCCAUACGAACACAUCGACGACGGUGCAACAACUCUCCGGUAUAUGUGAAUCUUUUGGUAACACGUUCUGCAAUGUACCAUGCAAAGUGUCACCUGGCGCACGCGACAUGUUUUUCUGCGAAUGCCCCAAGAACACGAUGUACUUCGACGCCGCCGAAAGAGGCUGUCUGCCCAAGACAUCUUGCAAGACCACAGAGUGUGUUGUCGGCCAUUGUACACAAAUAGAUACCAGAACCGUCACCUGCUCCUGUGACCACGUCUCCAAUCUUACCGAAACAUGCGAAGUGGAACGGAGCUUUCGUGAAGAUUGUGAAAGGAAAGGAGGCCGUGCCAAAGUGCCCAGUAAUUGGGGACAGGGACCUGCAUGCGACUGCGGCGAAUGGUCAGCAAUGGACGAAAAAGAGGGAAAAUGCGUUCCCACUACUUGCUUGCAUCCCGGAAUCAACUGCCUGUAUCUCUGCAAUAAAAACUUGCUCGGCAAAGACUCCCGUUGCUGCCAAGGCUGGGAUCCAAAAGAUUGCUCGAAGCUGCCACGAGAAGGCACGUACUGUUCUCCUGGUACCAUCUGGGAUGAGGAUGAGGGAUGCAUUGAUGCGUGUAUGGCGCACGAAGCAAGGCUCCUCUGUCCGCACGGGUGCAGGAGUACGACCGAUGCGCUGAAACCUUACGAGUGCAACUGCAAAGAGGGAAGCGCUUUAUCCGACGAUGGAGUCACGUGCACAGAAUUAUCCAAAGUUCGUUCUUGCAGCGACGUGGAAAAGCAGUUGUGCCGAUCAGACCAGUCCUGCUCCGUGAAAGACACAGAAGUCGUUUGCAAAUGCGCGGAAAAUGAACAGCUCGUCGACGGAGUCUGUACAAACAAGUGUAUCGCUGCCGACUGUCACGAGAGGUUCAUGGAUUGCUCAGUGGCAGGCGGUAAAGAAGACUGCUCCUGCCCAUGGAAGCACCGUAUGACUGAUGUAUACGGCGAGUCGUGCACACUACGUCAGUAUUACUACACCGUCUCCUUCAAGCUCAACAUGUCCCUCGAAUCUGGGAACUGCAGCGUGUACGCUCCUCGUGUAAAAGCUGCGAUGCGGACAGCUCUCGGUUAUCAGGUGCACGCGGUGCUGGUCGCCGAUUGCACCGACCAAAUCAAGGCACGUCUCAUACUCAACGAUCCACUGCCUAAGCCUCUGCAGAAGAAGCUUCAAACAUGCGAGUACCCGAUUGGAGAUGUUUGCAUGCUCUAUCCGAGACUUCCAGUUUUAAAAGGCUCAGCAACUGAAAUCGAGGAAGAGAACCUGUGCGAAAGUUUGCUGAAACACCAAGAGAGCGCCUAUGAAGGUACCAAUGAGUGCGUCAAAGCUGGGGACUCCUUUUGGUUCAAGUGCAAGCAGGGCUACCGGGAGGUGAAGACGAAAACAUUGGGUCGCCUGCGGCGCUCCGUUUGCGAAGUUGACCCAGAGGCUCCUACACCCGCACCGGAUCCGUGUCUCACUAUCGGUGCUGAAGUCUGUGGAGAUGUGCCGUGUGUACCGAAUAGCGACAACUCUGGUUUCAACUGCAAAUGCGGCCCUGAUUUCUUCUUUAGUGCGACCGAGAAGCGGUGUUAUAAUAUGAAGUCGUGCAAAGUGCACAAGUGUGAGCGAGGACUGUGUGUGGACCAGAACGGCACGUUUCCAGCGAGCUGCCAAUGCAACGACUAUCCCGACUUGACACUAACUUGCAAAGUAAAGGAAGAAGUUCGGACAAAAUGCACACAACAGGGAAAGGUUGCGAAGAUAAAUCCAGACAACAGCGUCAGUUGCGAGUGUCCACUGCACACGAAGCUCAUUGACGGCUCCUGCAAACCCAUCGCGUGCCUGAACACUACCUUGACCUGCAAAGAUCUGUGUUUGCUGAAGGACUCACACAAGGAUCUCCGCUGUUGCCAGAACUGGGACCCUGACCACUGUGACCGAACACCUCCCGAUGGGUCCUACUGUCCACCUGGGUACAUCGCCAACCCGAAUGGACAAGAAUGCACGCACGUAUGCAAAACAAUUCACGCUAAAGAUCAAUGCGAGCACGGAUGUACGCAGCUGGUGGAAGACACAGCUGCCUACAGCUGCAACUGCAGCUCCACACAGCAGCCUGCAGAAGACGGCAUCUACUGUGUCGAUAGGACAAAAUGUCACGAAGAAGAUAUUAUCAAGUGCCAAAAUGAGCAUAAAACGUGCUUCUACGACAACGGAAAGGCCGUGUGUCGUUGUCCGGACACCACUCUAGAAAAUAAUGGCACUUGCAUUGAAUCUUGCACAUCGACCAAACAAAGAGAGUGCUCGUCCAUCUUCGGCGAAUGCAAGAUCAAGAACCAUACCGAGACCUGCUCGUGUGCUCCUCCGCUUCUUUGGAAUGACGUCAAAAAGAAGUGCUUUUUAGAGAAAGUGCACAAGUACGUUGCCAGUUUUCGAGUGAACGAGACAAUGGCGCGAAGUGCCCAAUACACUGUUGAGGAAUGCGCCGACAAGCACGACAUGGUGGAGCAAGCGCUUCAAGCAGCAUACGGACCUUCGUUGACCGGCACACGAAUUCUUCAGUGUUCUGAUGAAUACAAGGUGGAGCUCAACUUCGCAAGCAAACCCCCCAGCGUGCUGCUUGACAAAAUCCGCGUCUGUGAGCAUCCCGAAGGAGACGAUGGCUGCUUCUUCCCGCCAGCUUUGCACAUCGUCAAGGAUAGUGUCUCCGAGGUGAAAGAGGAAGACCUUUGCGAAGCUUACUUUUCCGAGAACCUAAAGUCUCUAGGAGGACUCUACGUAUGUGUGAAAGAGGACGAUGGACACUAUGGCCUGCGAUGCUCGGAUAAAUACAGAGCCGUGGCAUCUUUCACCAGGGGUAUGCUGGAUGUCGACAUAUGCACAGAGAAACAAUGCGAGCUUUACUGCACGGGUCCAGAACGUCAGUGCGUGGAAGGGAAGUGCGUAUGCCACGCGAACUAUUUCGAGAACGCCGAGGGAAUUUGUGUCCCACAAUGCUCUAGGAAGCCAUGCAAAAAUGGCGGCACUUGCGAAACCGGGGUGAAAACAUCUUUCUACUGCAGUUGCCCACCUUACUUCACUGGACCGACGUGUGAAAUUCAAUUUCAAGCCUACGCCGAGACACAGAAAAAGCUGACCGCAGUGGGCGUUGUUCUCGGCGUACUUAUCAUGAUCUGCGUUGGCGCAGCAGCCGUUGUUAUACGGAGACGCUGUCUACUUUUCCCGCCGCACUCUUGUACCUUCGCCCUAUCGCCUCCUGUCCGCGCUCGACUCUCUGCCAACGCUUUCGCUUGUUUUGUCGCACCGAUCGGCCCUCGCGCGCCUGUUCUACGCUCUUUCCACACUCUCGUUGCCAACCAGUGCGCGGGAGAAUCAGCCGUUUACCACCUGACGCGCCGGCGGGAGUGCUCGCCUCGACGUCGUUCCUCGCCGCUCACGGAUUCAGCCCGAAUGAUUCUGUGUCGGAAGUUGUUUUGUAAAGGCAUCUGCGAAUCCGUGGGAAGCUUUUGCAACGCCACCAAAUGCUUGGCCAAAGAGGACGUCAUGACCUUUACGUGUAAAUGCGACAAGGGACAGUACUUCAACGCCACCGCUCGGCGGUGCUUUCAUGUGUCUUCCUGCUUGGUACACACGUGCAUUCAUUCAACAUGUGUCGACGAUGACGGUUCUAGCGAAGCUCGGUGUGAAUUUGAAAACGGCACUGACAUUCAAGCACACUCGGCGUUUACGAAAGAUUGCACUGACAGCGGCGGCCGACUAGAGCAAAGCGAUGGUGAGAUCAGCUUCAGUUGCGUAUGCCCUCGCGGGGCACAAUUCGUGAAUGGAUCUUGUCGCUCAAACAGAAAUUGCAGCCAGGAAGAAAUUAUUAAGUGCGCAGAAAGAGGGCGUCGAUGCGUUCUGCAAGAUGCAGAAGCGCUGUGCAAAUGCCCAGAAAACGCAGUCGAGCUUGCCGAUCGGUGCUCUGAAAAAUGUGCACCCGAAAAAAACCGUGAAUGCAGCACACCGCUCAGUCGGUGUAUUGUGCAGAGUGGCAAGGAGACGUGCGCGUGCCUUCCUCUACUCCAAUGGAAUUCUAGUUUCGGUCACUGCGUACCAGAGAUGGCAUUCAAACGCACUUUUAGCUUCAAAGUGCACGCGGAAGACUCCCAGCACAAUGAUACGUUGGAACAUUGCAACGACGCCACAUGGGAGGCAAAUGUCCACCACGCUAUGAAAACCUUGUACGGAAAUUCGCUAACGAAAACUGCAGUGCUGAAAUGCGGGACCACGGUGACCAUGGAGCUCACGUUCCUGGAAAAGCCGCAUCCAGCAGUGCUUCGAAGGAUUCACCUUUGCCAAAUAAGAGAUGGAAACACCGGAUGUAUUUUCCCGCCUACAUUACGUAUCGUAAAAGGGAGCGUUUCAGGUCCAGUUCCUGUUGACCUAUGUGCCCGAUAUUUCCGAGACAUCCACAACCUCACGGAGUAUUCCUUUUACUGCACUGACGAAGGAAACGGACGCUAUACGCUUCGCUGUGCCGGUGGUAACGUCACAAACAGAACAGUCCAGGGCGAACUCGAGGUUCAACAGUGCCAAGGCACGCAAUUUGUUCGUGAAGGUGGAACUGCAGCAUCGAAUUACAGAGCCGCCAUUGUUUGGACUUUGGCAUCCAUUGCUGUCUUCACAAUAUUGUUCAUGGUGCUCUUCUUUAAGAAGCGUAUUUAUUACUACAGCAGCCCAGCGAGACCCGCAACAGACAUCGGAGGACCAAGAGGCAACUGCAAAUCUUGUAACGCCAAAGGGAAAGCCAAAUAAUGUGGCGAAGCAAGUGCCAGAGAAUGAAGAUGUCACAGUGACUGCGUGACGCCAGUCCAGCAUAGCACUACACUCUGUUCACUGUCAGGGUUAGAACGUUUGGUUGUGAUCUUUAAAGCUGUGGCUGCCAUUGUUGUGAAUUUACCAUCGUUGUCUGUAAUUUGCGCUGCUCUAGUGCAUUGCUCAGUGGUGAAUUUAAGCUGCCGGAUGAAAAUGAUAAUGAUGGCCUGAAUGCGUGAAAAAAAAUUAUCUACACUAUCAUGAAAUCCUACAUCGAUAUGCACUAGAGCAAACCCAAACCGAAUAGAAUUCUGUCUUUAGAUCCUUAAAUAUGUGUACCAACACCACGUAAAAUUUGUGAUAUUGUGCUCCUCUUAUUCCUCCCCCUCCUCUGCUCCACCGGCGGUUUACGGGUGAGUGAAGGGCCUAUUUAUGGCUCUUCGAGUGUACAGGAACCUUUCUAACAGCGCAGCGUUCCAACUAGAGCUGGGUGAGAUUUAGCGACCUCGCUUUCCGAACAAUCCAGAGCGCUAGAUUUCGUCUUCUCGAAGGCGCCAUUAGACGCCCUUCAUGCACAAUCCCGGCUCAAUGUUUCUCUCUCGGACGUCCUUUCAUUCGAUGCAAGCCUGCUGUAUCACAGUCGGAAAGACAUCUCUCUACGCGUUCCUGCGCGACAGAGGAGGGGGGAGGGGCACCGAGAUUGCCACACUUGAAAGUAAGUGCGCCAGUAUUCAACCAACCAUGCGUACUCACUUCCGCAGUCAACCUUGUUGUCUCAUUAUGGCGUCUUGUGCCCUCCCGGGAAAGUCACCGGCUCCAUCUGCACCAGACAACCCACGCAAUGUCACCAGCGGCAGCUCUGCCUUUUGUCAGCCAUCACCUUGUGCCACACGUGCUGCGUCUACACAGUAGAGCUCGCACAGCAUGAACG